AGUUUCCUUCGGUCUUCAGUGCCGCCCUCCGAACCGCGUUUCGAAUUUUAUAUUCAACCAAACGUAAUUCACCAUGAUUAUCGAUCUUCUCAACUCAGCGAAGCGCAAUCCAAUUCUGGGCCCUGUGUCUCCUUUCCGAACAGCUCGUUGCGAUGGGUCAGCAUCACCUCCUAGCAAUACCGUUGAAUUCGGUUCCAUGAAGUACUACGCCUAUUGUGGGUUCGGAGGAGUUCUGAGCUGCGGUCUUACUCACACCGCUGUAGUGCCCCUGGAUUUGGUCAAGUGUCGGCUUCAAGUAGAUCCGGACAAGUACAAGAAUAUUUUCAAUGGAUUCAGGCUGACUGUCAAAGAGGACGGUUUUGUUGGCUUGUCGCGAGGAUGGCUUCCAACCCUCAUGGGAUACUCUCUUCAGGGGCUCGGGAAGUUCGGGUUCUACGAGAUGUUCAAGAUAAUGUAUGGGAACUUGCUGGGCGAAGAAAACGCAUACCAGUACCGUACAGCCCUAUAUUUGGCGUCGUCAGCCUCCGCAGAAUUUUUUGCCGACAUAGGUCUUUCGCCAUUCGAAGCUAUGAAGGUGAGGAUUCAAACGUCUCCAGGCUUUACCUCGUCGAUGAUGAAAUGUGCCGCAAUUAUCUCGAAAGACGAAGGUUUAGGUGGAUUUUACAAGGCUUUGGUACCUCUGUGGGGUCGUCAGAUCCCAUACACGAUGAUGAAGGCAAGUAUAGACUCUCGACGUUUCGCAUGCUUCGAGCGAACAUUGGAGGCACUCUACAUGUAUGUCGUGCCAAAGCCGAGAGCAGAGUGCACGAAGGAAGAACAACUUGCAGUUACAUUCACCGCUGGGUAUAUUGCGGGAGUGUUCUGCGCAAUCGUAUCUCACCCUGCGGACACCAUUGUGUCCAAACUAAAUCAAGACAAAGGAUCUUCAGCCAUGGAUAUUGCCAAACGACUUGGCUGGGCAGGCAUGUGGAAGGGUUUGGGCCCCAGGAUUUUCAUGAUCGGUACCCUGACGGCGUUGCAAUGGUUCAUCUACGACGGCGUAAAAGUAGCCCUAGGAAUUCCACGCCCGCCGCCGCCAACCAUGCCGGAGUCUAUGAGGAAGCGUUUAGAGGCCGAAGGGAAGGCUUGAGAAGUUUCGUAUCACUGGCGAGCUGUGCAAUCCUGUUUCAUUUCCGGCACUUCGGUCAUUCCUUCAUCAUUCCCAUGCUAUUCCGAUGCUGCAAUUCUUUUAUUUUGUGGACCAUGUUAGUGUGGGACGUUACUGAGAUUGUGGGAAACAAAGUCCGAUUAUCCUGUGGAA